AUGAUGGCAGACACCCUGGAGAAGCGGAGACCCAUCAGCGCUGCUCUGCGGAAGAGGAGUCGCACCACACAUCCGCGGAAGAGCGCUCAAACCCGGGUGCGACUGGAGCAAGUGUUUGGCUUCACCGUCUCUUCCCUGUCCUCGUCCUCUGGGAUCCUGGCCUAUCCAGCGGGGUGUGUGCUGGUGCUGUUGGACCCCAUCACUAACAAACAGAACCACAUCCUCAACUCGGCCAGGAAGUCCUUCAGUGCUCUGAGUUUCUCUCAUGAUGGAAAGCUGCUGGUGACAGGAGAAAGUGGCCACCUGCCCUGUGUGCGUGUGUUUGACCUGCAGGGGGCGCUGAAGGCGGAGGUGCAGACUCAUAAAUACGGAGUGUCCUGUGUCUGCUUCAGCCGCUCGGACGUCUACGUGGUCUCAGUGGGGUUUCAGCACGACAUGAAAGUCUGCGUGUGGGACUGGAGGAGAAACGUGGUCGUUGCCUCUAACAAAGUGUCCAGUCGAGUCUCUGCUGUUUCUUUCUCUGACGAUGGAAGCUUCUUUGUCACCGCGGGAACCAGACAUCUGAAGUUCUGGUACCUAAACCAGUCUGCUCACAACCGGGUCAGUACGAGACCGGGAGAGCGAGACCGGGAGAGCGAGACCGGGAGAGCGAGACCGGGAGAGCGAGACCGGGAGAGCGAGACCGGGAGAGCGAGACCGGGAGAGCGAGACCGGGAGAGCGAGACCGGGAGAGCGAGACCGGGAGAGCGAGACCGGGAGAGCGAGACCGGGAGAGCGAGACCGGGAGAGCGAGACCGGGAGAGCGAGACCGGGAGAGCGGGAGAGGGAGACCGAGCGGGAGAGGGAGAGGGAGAGGGAGACCGAGCGGGAGAGGGAGAGGGGGAGAGGGAGAGGGAGAGCGAGACCGGGAGAGCGAGAGCUAGACCGGGAGAGCGAGACCGGGAGAGGGAGAGCGAGACCGGGAGAGGGAGAGGGAGAGGGAGAGCGAGACCGGGAGAGGGAGAGCGAGACCGGGAGAGGGAGAGGGAGAGCGAGACCGGGAGAGCGAGAGCGAGACCGGGAGAGCGAGACCGGGAGAGCGAGAGCGAGACCGGGAGAGCGAGACCGGGAGAGCGAGAGCGAGACCGGGAGAGCGAGAGCGAGACCGGGAGAGCGAGAGCGAGACCGGGAGAGCGAGACCGGGAGAGCGAGACCGGGAGAGCGAGAGCGAGACCGGGAGAGCGAGAGCGAGAGCGAGAGCGAGACCGCGAGAGCGAGACCGGGAGAGCGAGAGCGAGAGCGAGACCGGGAGAGCGAGAGCGAGAGCGAGACCGGGAGAGCGAGAGCGAGACCGGGAGAGCGAGAGCGAGACCGGGAGAGCGAGACCGGGAGAGCGAGAGCGAGACCGGGAGAGCGAGACCGGGAGAGCGAGAGCGAGACCGGGAGAGCGAGACCGGGAGAGCGAGACCGGGAGAGCGAGACCGGGAGAGCGAGACCGGGAGAGCGAGAGCGAGACCGGGAGAGCGAGAGCGAGACCGGGAGAGCGAGAGCGAGACCGGGAGAGCGAGAGCGAGACCGGGAGAGCGAGAGCGAGACCGGGAGAGCGAGAGCGAGACCGGGAGAGCGAGAGCGAGACCGGGAGAGCGAGAGCGAGACCGGGAGAGCGAGAGCGAGACCGGGAGAGCGAGAGCGAGACCGGGAGAGCGAGAGCGAGACCGGGAGAGCGAGAGCGAGACCGGGAGAGCGAGAGCGAGACCGGGAGAGCGAGACCGGGAGAGCGAGACCGGGAGAGCGAGAGCGAGACCGGGAGAGCGGGAGAGCGAGAGGGAGAGCGAGAGCGGGAGAGCGAGAGAGCGAGAGCGAGAGAGCGAGAGCGGGAGAGCGAGAGCGGGAGAGCGAGAGAGCGAGAGCGGGAGAGCGAGACCGGGAGAGCGAGAGCGGGAGAGGGCGAGAGCGGGAGAGCGAGAGCGGGAGAGCGAGAGAGCGAGAGCGGGAGAGCGAGAGCGGGAGAGCGAGACCGGGAGAGCGAGAGCGGGAGAGGGCGAGAGCGGGAGAGCGAGAGCGGGAGAGCGAGAGAGAGAGCGGGAGAGCGGGAGAGCGAGAGCGAGAGCGGGAGAGCGAGAGAGCGGGAGAGCGAGAGAGCGAGAGCGGGAGAGCGAGAGCGGGCGAGAGCGGGAGAGCGAGACCGGGAGAGCGAGAGCGGGAGAGCGAGAGCGGGAGAGCGAGAGCGGGAGAGCGGGAGAGCGAGAGCGGGAGAGCGAGAGCGGGAGAGCGAGAGCGGGAGAGAGCGAGAGCGGGAGAGCGAGAGCGGGAGAGCGAGACCGGGAGAGCGAGACCGGGAGAGCGAGAGCGGGAGAGCGAGAGCGGGAGAGCGAGAGCGGGAGAGCGAGAGCGAGACCGGGAGAGCGAGACCGGGAGAGCGGGAGAGCGAGAGAGCGAGACCGGGAGAGCGAGAGCGGGAGAGAGCGGGAGAGCGAGACCGGGAGAGCGAGACCGGGAGAGCGAGAGCGAGAGAGCGAGACCGGGAGAGCGAGAGCGGGAGAGAGCGAGACCGGGAGAGCGAGAGCGGGAGAGAGCGAGACCGGGAGAGCGAGACCGGGAGAGCGAGAGCGGGAGAGCGAGAGAGGGAGAGCGAGAGCGAGACCGGGAGAGCGAGACCGGGAGAGCGAGACCGGGAGAGCGAGAGCGAGACCGGGAGAGCGAGACCGGGAGAGCGAGACCGGGAGAGCGAGACCGGGAGAGCGAGACCGGGAGAGCGAGACCGGGAGAGCGAGAGCGGGAGAGCGGGAGAGCGAGAGCGGGAGAGCGAGAGCGCGAGAGCGAGAGAGCGAGAGCGAGAGAGCGAGAGCGAGACCGGGAGAGCGAGACCGGGAGAGCGAGACCGCGAGAGCGGGAGAGCGAGAGAGCGAGAGCGAGACCGGGAGAGCGAGACCGGGAGAGCGAGACCGGGAGAGCGAGAGCGAGACCGGGAGAGCGAGAGCGAGACCGGGAGAGCGAGACCGGGAGAGCGAGACCGGGAGAGCGAGAGCGAGACCGGGAGAGCGAGACCGGGAGAGCGAGACCCGGAGAGCGAGACCCGGGGAGCGAGAGCGAGACCGGGAGAGCGAGACCGGGAGAGCGAGACCCGGGGAGCGAGACCGGGAGAGCGAGAGCGAGACCGGGAGAGCGAGACCGGGAGAGCGAGACCGGGAGAGCGAGACCGGGAGAGCGAGACCGAGACCGCGAGAGCGAGACCGGGAGAGCGAGACCGGGAGAGCGAGAGCGGGAGAGCGGGAGAGCGAGAGCGGGAGAGCGAGAGCGAGACCGGGAGAGCGAGACCGGGAGAGCGAGACCGGGAGAGCGAGAGCGAGACCGGGAGAGCGAGACCGGGAGAGCGAGACCGGGAGAGCGAGAGCGAGACCGGGAGAGCGAGACGGCGGAGAGCGAGACCGGGAGAGCGAGACCGGGAGAGCGAGACGGGAGAGCGAGACCGGGAGAGCGAGACGAGAGCGAGACCGGGAGAGCGAGACCGGGAGAGCGAGACCGGGAGAGCGAGACCGGGAGAGCGAGACCGAGAGAGCGAGACCGGGAGAGCGAGAGCGGGAGAGCGGGAGAGCGAGAGCGGGAGAGCGGGAGAGCGAGACCGGGAGAGCGAGACCGGGAGAGCGAGAGCGGGAGAGCGAGAGCGGGAGAGCGAGAGCGAGACCGGGAGAGCGAGACCGGGAGAGCGAGACCGGGAGAGCGAGACCGGGAGAGCGAGAGCGAGACCGGGAGAGCGAGACCGGGAGAGCGAGACCGGGAGAGCGAGAGAGCGAGAGCGAGACCGGGAGAGCGAGAGAGCGAGAGAGCGAGAGCGAGACCGGGAGAGCGAGACCGGGAGAGCGAGAGCGGGAGAGCGAGAGCGGGAGAGCGAGAGCGGGAGAGCGAGACCGGGAGAGCGAGAGCGAGACCGGGAGAGCGAGACCGGGAGAGCGAGACCGGGAGAGCGAGACCGGGAGAGCGAGACCGGGAGAGCGAGACCGGGAGAGCGAGACCGGGAGAGCGAGACCGGGAGAGCGAGACCGGGAGAGCGAGACCGGGAGAGCGAGAGCGGGAGAGGGAGAGCGAGACCGGGAGAGCGAGCGGGAGAGGGAGAGCGAGACCGGGAGAGCGAGACCGGGAGAGCGGGGGACCCGGGGAGCGGGACCCGGGGAGCGGGACCCGGGGAGCGGGACCCGGGGAGCGGGACCGGGACGUGUGAACAGCACGGUUCCUCUGACUGGCCGGUCAGCGUUGCUAGGAGACCAUAAGAACUGUGUGUUUGUGGCAGUGGCGUGUGGAAGGGGUGGAGCUUCUGGAAUCACUUUCUGUCUGACCAGCUCUGGUCUGCUCUGUGUCUUCAAUCACCAGAGGAACCUGCAGGCCUGGGUCCAUCUGAAGGUGUCCUCGUCCUUCUCCCUCGUGUCCUCAGAGGACAGGAUUUUCUGUGGUUGCUCUGAAGGCCUGGUCAGAGUCUUCUCUCCUGACCUCGCAUACAUCACCACCGUGCAGCGCCAGGGGGCGGAGCUUCCGGAUACGCUGGCUCUGACCUUUGACCCUGAGACACGCCUCCUCAGUGCAGUCUACAGCGACCACAGCAUCAGCACCCACCGUAUGGACCAGGACCAAGACCAAGACCAGGACCAAGACCAGGUCUUUUAUGUCCAGUACCACCGCAGCUGUGUGUGGGGACUAGAGAUGUUCCCAGACCUGGAUGUUUCAGACCCAUGUUCCUCUCGUGGUUCCUUCUUCAGUUCCUCCUCAGACAACACCAUUAGAGUCUGGACCAAAGACCCUCUCUACUGCUACAGCCAGGACCCCCUGCGGACCCUCGUCGUGGCCUCGGACUCGGAGACUGGGGCUGAUGGGAAAUCUGGACUGAGGGCUUUGGCCGUGAGUCCAGACGGAGCUCAUCUGGCAACUGGAGAUCGCCAUGGCAACGUCAGUAUCUUCAGUCUAGACUUCCUGGAGGAGGUGCAGAGGAUCGAGGCUCAUAACUCGGAGGUGCUGUGUCUGACCUUCUCUCCACAUGACUCAGGAGUGCGUCUUCUGGCUUCAGCCUCCAGAGACCGACUGAUCCACAUCUUCAACCGAGACCAGGACUAUGACCUCAUCCAGACUCUGUAUGACCAUUCUGGGGCUGUCACUGCAGUGAGGAUCACAGGUUGCAGUCCUGAUCUGCAGAUUGUGAGUUGUGGGACGGACAAGAGCAUAUACGUCCAGACUCAGACGGGGGCGGGGCUUCUGUUUUCACGAUGUCAUCACAUUGUGGAGAAGAGUUCACUGUAUGACAUGGCUCUAGACCAGGCCAGGACAAGGCCAGGACCAGACCAGGACCAGACCAGGACCCAGGCCGCCUUCGCCUGCCAGGACCGGUACAUAAGGGUCUACAGUGUGGACAGCGGGAAGCUGACGAAGACUCUGAAAGGAUCCUGCAGCGACGAAGGAGUUCUGCUCAAAGUGGCCUUUGAUCCCUCGGGGUCGUUUAUUGCCUCCUCAGGCUCAGACAGAAGCAUCUGUAUCCAUGACUACGAGAGCGGAGAGUGUGUUGCAGCUCUGUAUGGGCACUCAGAGAUUGUGACUUCCAUCCAGUUCAGUUCUGACGGACGUCACUUGAUCACAGCCUCUGCAGACAGCUGUAUCUUUGUGUGGCGCCUGGACGCCUCUAUGACAUCACUAAUCAGGAAGAGGCGGGGCUUGGACCGGAAGUGUCAGAUCAGGAGAGAGACCUUCAUCAGUGGACCGGCCAAUCAAAGCAAGGAGGUGGAGGAGUCAGAGGUGCUGACGCCCAGACGCACCGACACACUCAGCGAUAUGCCGUUGCUCCAGACCAAUGGGAAGCUCCCGCUGUGGUUCCGGAAGCUGGGAGAAGGUGGGACUCCUCCUCCUCUCAGCCAAUCGCACGCUGAGCCUCCACAGAUCAGGAAGAGGUGGGCGGAGCAGACGUAUCCAAUCAGGGUUUGCUCUGAGUCCAGUCCAAGUCCAAUCCAAGACAAAGACCAGGACCAGGACCCGGACCUGGACCAGGACCCAGAGGGGGAGUUCUAUCCUCUGAGUCUGGAGAGUCUGCUGCUGGAGGAGGAGGAGGAGGGGUCAGAGUCGGUGGGAGUGGUGAACUUCUGCGCCUCGGACAGGGACUUUGAAGAUCUCAGUCAGGAGGGAAACCAGGACACAGACUGUGAGUCCGUGAGCUCCUGCAGUUCUGCUCCUGUUCUAGAGACAGAUUUCAAUCUGGAGACUGAGUGCUUCCACACUGACCCCGCCCUCCUGCAGCCUCCCGAGCAAAAGCACUUCCUGCAACCGCGUCUCAGUCUUUCCACGCGCUUCCUGUCUCGCUACCAAGACCGAAUAAGGUCUAAGACUCAGAUCUCUGUCACCAAGAUUCUCGAGGAGAGCUCCAUCGACAACUUCAAGGUCCAGUCUCGGUCCAGUUCUGGUUCUGCUCUGAAAGAUGUCGGUUUGCAGAAACGUGAAGGACGUCGCAUUGUGAUUGGCCGCAGACACAGCUCCCAUCAUGCCUCAGGGCGCCGCACACACACGCCCGUCACAGUGCAGUGUCGGCGCCGCACAGACGGCUUCAACAGCCGACUCCCGCCGCAGGAGAUUUUGGGAAAUGCAGUCCAACCAAAGAUUUCAGACUUGGAUUUGGGGCCAAGACCCAGACCAAGACCAGACCUGGGACUGCAGCAGUGUGAGAAGGAGAACCUUGACCCGGAUCAUGGAACAGACCUUAAACUGGUCGCACAGAGUCCGGACCCGGUCGCACAGAGUCCGGACCCGGUCGCACAGAGUCCGGACCCGGUCGCACAGAGUCCGGACCCGGUCGCACAGAGUCCGGACCCGGUCGCACAGAGUCCGGACCCGGUCGCACAGAGUCCGGACCCGGUCGCACAGAGUCCGGACCCGGUCGCACAGAGUCCGGACCCGGUCGCACAGAGUCCGGACCCGGUCGCACAGAGUCCGGACCCGGUCGCACAGAGUCCGGACCCGGUCGCACAGAGUCCUCACCGGGACGUCAGCUGCAAACAUCUGACCACGCCCCUUGAUCCUCUGACCACGCCCCGCGAGUUCUGCAAAAUCUCAGUGACUGAUGAUGUCACCUCCUACUCCACCCCUGACUACCACUGGCCCCACCCCCUUCUGGGUGAACAGGAAGUGAUGCAAGCAGCUGAGACGCUGCGGCGGACGACAGAAGAGACGCUUCAACUCUACAGAGAGGUUCAGUCUGAUACGAUGCUCGCCUCCAUUUUACUCUCCGCUUUUGAAGAUUUGAGCUCAAAGAUCAAAGACAUCUGUGAGAGCUCCCCCAGAGGAGGAGCAGAAGGAGACUGCAGCUCCAGAGGAAGAGACUGCAGCGCCAGAGAAGGAGAAGGAGGAGGAGGAGGAGACUGUAGCUCCAGAGAAGGAGAAGGAGGAGGAGGACACUGUAGUUCCCUCAGAGGAGGAGACUGCAGCUCCCUCAGAGGAGGAGACGGAGGACACUGUAGCUCCAGAGAAGGAGAAGGAGGAGGAAACUGUAGCUCCAGAGAAGGAGAAGGAGGAGGACACUGUAGCUCCAGAGGAGGAGGAGGACACUGUAGCUUCAGAGGAGGAGAUGGAGACUGUACCUCCCCGUGUGGUCAUGUGAUGAACUGCAGUCUGAUGAUGAAGCUGUUGGAGCGAUACUCUGAGCUGCUGCUGCAGGCGACAAGAGACAAACUGCAGGAGUAA